CAGACCCAUCCUUAAUCCAAAGUACAGCUGACUUGAGCUAACACUAUGACAGCCAUGCUCGUCUCCCUCCCAGGGUGCUGAGGACAGCAUCGGUGGCAAGUGGUCAUUCAAGUUUUGACAGAAAUGAUUACAGGAACAACUGCCCAGGCACGAAAGCCGGAAACCCCUCCACCCAGCUUCUUCCUCUUGCGCCAGCAGCUUUAUCAUGCUGUAAGGAAAACACUUCCCCAAGUAGCCUUGACCACGGGACUUCAGACUCCAACACUCAUCAGACAGAAGAAAGGUGGCCAUUGUCAGGGACCACAGGAGGCAUCCUGUGCCCUUCGUCAUGCCCAACCCUCCCCACCCAGACCACUCGCCUCCCUGCUCCCAACUACUGGCAUUGUUCCUUGUCCUCUCAGGACUCCAAGUCCUUCCUGCCCAGUGCAAGGCCUUCCUACCUCUGUUGUAGGAGCCUGUGAGUUGAGCAACGGCAGUGAGUGGCAGGUGCUGCAACCCGAGGGUCCCAUGCUGGUGGCAGAAGGUGAGACACUGUUACUGAGGUGCACGGUGAUCGGCUCCUGCAUCGAGGCCGUGAUGAAAUGGAUCAAGGUGAGCAAUCAAGAACAGCGGGAAAUUUAUAACUUCAAACAUGGCUUCUUUCCCGGGGUGACACCCACGAUCCAGCAGACACUGGAGCCACGUCAUUGCGACUAUUCCAUCUAUAUCCACAAUGUCACCAAGGAGCAGGCAGGAACCUACCACUGUGUGGGGCCUGAUGGCUUCAAUGAGCACUCAAAAACGCAGCUGGAGGAGGGCACCUCAGUGCUUGUGAAGGGAGCUGGGGACCUAGAGCCAAACCUCUGGAUUAUCCAGCCCCAGGAGGUAGUGUUGGCAACCGUUGGAGACACUGUCUUCCUGAACUGCACAGUGCAUGGAAACGGUCCUUCUGGACCCAUCAGGUGGUUUCUGGGAACUGGUCUGAGCCGGGAGGCCAUUUACAACUUUGAAGGCAUCUCCCAGCCCAACGUGACAGCGGCCCGGGCCUCCAACAGCGAUUUCAGCAUUCUUUUGCAAGGCGUCUCCACUGAACAUGCAGGCACCUACUACUGUGUAAAGUUUCAGAGGAAACCCCCCAGGCAAUACUUGUCUGGACAGGGCACGAUGCUGAGAGUGAAAGCAAAGCCCACUUCUCCCCAAGAGAUACAAAUCAUUGAUCAACCUGUAGCCAGGACAUUUCCAUCAGGCCUCCUGUCUGUGCUCACAAUUGCGGUCCUGGGGCUAAAGACAGUGACCUUGGCUGCACUCGCGUUGGCUCUAGCUGCCUGCUGGAGAAGGGCUGGCCAAGAAGAUAUCAAAACCCAACGCCCAGCAGAGCUGUAUUUAUCUUAACGUGGGGCAUGGGGUAUGAGUGAGGGGUUAAUCCCAGAGUGGUCCUCUGAGUCAGAGAGGGGCCAGGGCUCCCCAACCAUUUCUCUGCCUCUAAUCCCAGCCUCCAGAUACCACCACCAGCUGCCCCCCACCCCCAGGCCUCAUGGAAAACUCCAGGAUCCCUACACCUGGUUUCAGAUCAGCUGGUGAAAUACACACACUUGGCACUAGGCUCCCAUCUGUUGUGUCUUCCUCUCUCUUCUCAGCCUGUUCAAGCCCUCCUUGUCCUUCAAAGCCUUACCCAGGUGUCGUGAGUGCCUGUAAGGGCAGUCGCCACAUUUCAGUCUCUUCCUGAAAGUCAAGGGGACAUUAACCCCUCGUCAAGGCCCCACGUCCCUGCAUGGUAUUUGUGAUGCGAGUAGGGAACAAAGUCCUGACACACAGGUACAGACAGAGUAAGUAACACAGCUUUAUUUGGGAGCCAAUGUCCCUCCAGAGGCCAGUGCUCUGGUAAGCACAGAAGGUUAUACAGGAUAGAAUAGACUUUAAUAACAAACCAAGUCGCAGAGUCAAUCGAGGUGGAGAAGGUCCCUGGUCUGGGAGAGACGAUCGGGCCCAUGGCGAGUCUGAGGCGAGCUGGUCUUGCAAAGAAGAACUUCGGACAAUCCCGGAAUAGUGCAGCUUACACCUCGCAGAGGGCUCUGUCGGAUCGCCCAGACGAAUGAACGUCCCCGAGGAUCGUUCCGGAGUGUCUCGCUCAGAGCCUGGCAGAGGGUCUUAGCGAGAGCGCCCUGUCGGACCACUCAUGGCGUUGCUCUGGAAUUCUGCUUUUACCCUCUUUUCCUUGGACUAGUUUACUUCUUAGGUGAUAACCAGACGUUGUUUGCCAGGAACUGUUUUGGUGAACGUGUUUACCACUCAAUUUUGUUACGCUCAGUUGCACACAUAAAUAUAAACAUGUUUACUUUCAUGUGUAUGUUUUACACAUAAAUAGGUUUACUUUCACUUUAUUCUUAUCAGUCUCUCACACCUACUAGUAAACAACUAGUAAACAAGCCUCAACCCAAUAACAACCUUGUUUAUAGUAUAUUUCAUGUGCUCUAUACACCAGGUCUCUCGAAGGCCCUUGCUCCUGCUGCAGUGUCAGCUGCUGCCCUCCCCUUUCCUUCUCUUCACAUUUUCUCAACCUUCAAGAGCCAACUCAAAAGGUAUCCCUGAGCGUCUUGGUGCUCGCCCAGCCACACUGCCUGUGCCCCCCCCCCCCCAUUUACAUCCUUUUCUCCUCUUUCCUGCCUUUUUUCCUUCCCCACUGUGGCUGGCUUGGGUAGCUUUAAUAGUUGAAAUUCAGUUUGGGCAACUUUAACAAAACUCCUAAAUAACAGUGGCUUAAACCAGAACAAAGUUGGUUUCUCUCAUAAUAUCCAAGCCUAAGCAGGCGAUGCAAAACAGCAGCUCCCUGGUAUUGAGACCCAGGAUUCCUUGAUCUUGUUGCUCCACAUCCCAGGUAGCAAGGCCAGAGAAGAAGGCAGUGAACGUGAGCAUGACCCUCGCCUUCAACUGCGCUGCUAGAAAUUUGUCCAUAUCACCUGUAAUUGGCUGAGUGUGUCACAUGGUUACACCUAGCUGCAAGGAUGGCUGGGAAAUGUAGUCCUUAUUUUGGCAGCAAGGUCCCCAGCUGAAAAUUUUCACUACAGGAACAGAGGGUAAAUAUUAGUAGAUAAUGUAACCAGUAAUUUCCAUCUCAGUGGCAUAAAGGCAGCCUCUUACUUGCUCUGUGGGAUACCUGAGUUCCAUUCCCAGCUGAAACGGCACUUCUUUGUGCCACCACCUCCACUAGGGCAGCAUAAUGGAAGGCAGUCAUUCUGAAGAAGAGAUUUUUGUCCCCCAGGGACAUCUGGCAAUGUCGAGAGACAUUUUUGGUUGUCACUACUUGGCGGGGGAGAGGGGUUACUAUUGCCAUUUAUUGGGUAGAGGACAAAGGUGCUGCUGAAAACCCUAUAAUGCACAGGACAAGCCCCACACAGAGUGGUCUGCUCUAAGUAUUAGCAGUGCCCAGGUUGAGAAGCCCUGGUGUAGGGGGAAGCGCCCAUUUCCUAGAGUCAGACAUGCCUAAGUUCUAAUCCGGAAGCCCCCACUCCCUCCCCGGGUGCCCUUAGAAUGGGGAGAAGAACAACCUCGACUUCUCUGCAUUGUACCAGAACCCAUUCAAUUCAACAUUUGCUGAGGGCUUAUUACAUGUUGUGUGCACUGUGUACACUCAGGACAUGUGAACCCCCUUCUCUCUUUCCAUGCAAGCAUUUAUUAACACUUACUAUGUGGGGAAGUGGAGUAGUCUGGAUGUUUUUCAUCCUAACAACAGAAAAACACGUUGAACAAGCCUAAGACCAUACGGACAUUAAUACAAUUGAAUAAAUCAUUGAAUUACCAGACAUCAGAAAGCACGGAUAUGCUGGGCUGAGUAACAUCUCCCCACACAUACACCUCCAAAGAUACCCAUAUCCUAAUUCCUGGAAUCUGUGAAUGUUACCUUAUAUGGCAAAAAAGGACUUCGCAGAUGUAACUAAGGACCUUGAAAGGGAGAGGUCACCUGGAUUCUCCAGGUAGGCCCUGAACACAAUCACAAAUUGGGAGACAGAAGGAGAUUUGACACAGAAUAAGAGGAGGAAGCCAUGUGACCGCAAAGGCAGAGAUGGGAGCCACAAGUUCAAGAACGCCAGCAGUCAUCGGGAACUGGAAGAAGCGAGGAACAGAUUCUCUGUGGCGCCUCUGGAGGGAGUACGGCCUGUUGACACCAUGAUUUCAGCCCAGUGAUACUGC